CCACAGAAAACAGACAUAGGCUACUGACAAAUUUCGCUUGGCCUGUGUUACUAUUAAGUCUAAAUGAUUUAUUAAUAGGCUACCCAUCUCACGUCACAGGGAUAUUUCCAGGGGCACCACGAAGUACCUUGUCAACUAUUUAAACUCUGGAUAACCUGCAUAAGAGUUACGUACGAUGGAAGUAAAAACAACACAGACACACUUGAAGCAAUAUGAUGUAAUUUCAGCUGUUUAGGGCAUUAAUGGCUCUUCUUCAUCUUUCGGGGUGUCGCAUUACCAGAUGUUAGGCGAACUUUUUGGUUUUAAUCGUUGUUUGCCUUGGAGUGGAAAGUUCCCCACCGAAACCGCCCCUCCUACUACUAAGGAUCUAUGAUAGUCAACAUGUACAAAUUGACAAGAGUCAGAAGAGCCCUUCACACUCUUGAGGAUCUUGCACAAGCUGAAAAUGACCACUGGCGUGGAGCUACUAUUCGACGAACUUGGACACUUUAAAAGGUUUCAAGCAUGUCUCUACUUUGCUGCUAUUUUCCAGGCCAUCUCCUGUGGAAUACAUUACCUGGCCUCGGUUUUCUUAGUUGAAACACCUAAAUUUCUUUGUGACGCUCCAAAUAUCACAGACGUUCUAUACAGAAAUCACUCAUCAACCUCUCUGGCAGAUAUCUGGACUCAUUACAAGCCAGGUGAUGGGCCAGUGGUUGUACAGACAGCUGGAGGAGACCAGUGGGAACUUAGUCCUUGUUUAAAAGCGCUGCGGCUUGAUGCCAUCAAUUUUCAAUACAAGUUUUUUGGGAACAAAACUGUAGAGACAUGUGGUGGCUUUGUGUAUGAUCACAGCGAGGUUGAGCAGAGCAUCGUAACAGACUGGGACCUGGUGUGUGAGAAGGAAUGGCUGGCCAAGCUUUCACAGCCAACUUUUAUGCUGGGAGUUUUGAUUGGAGCCUUGGUGUUUGGGGAUGUCGCAGAUAGAAUUGGUAGACGGCCCAUUCUCAUGGCUACCAGCUUGUGCCAGUUUAUUUUUGGGGUUGCUGUGGCAUUCACAGGAAACUACUACCUCUUUGUGAUGAUGCGUUUCCUUCUUGCUAUGGUGUCGAGUGGGUAUCUGGUUGUAGUCUUUGUGUAUGUGACAGAGUUUACAGGAAUUAAGGUGCGCACAUGGACCUCUAUGCAUGUGCACGCUGCCUUUGCUGUGGGCGUCAUGGUAGUGGCUCUGGUGGGGUACCUUGUUCGUGUCUGGUGGAUCUACCAGAUCAUACUCACUCUCAGUACCUCUCCAUUCUUGCUCUACUGCUGGAAGUUUCCAGAAACACCUUUCUACCUAAUGGCUAAAGGGCGGUACAAGGAAGCCCAGGAGCUGCUGGACACUAUGGCCUACUUCAAUGGCCUGCCACCCACCCUUAAGGUGUCAGAGCUAAUGGAUGAAUGUGAUGGAGCACUGUUGAAGGAUAAUAAGCAAUCAGCUGGGAAAGCAAUGGAAGUCGAGAAGAGGCUAAGCAUCCUGGACAUGUUUGGAAGCUUGAAAAUGGCUGGUCGCAGCGUCACCUGCUGGGCAAUCUGGUUCAUCGGAAGCUUGGGAUACUAUGUCUUCAGCCUGGGGUCUGUCAACCUUGGUGGAAAUCAGUAUAUCAACCUCUUCCUGGCUGGUGCUGUUGAGGUUCCGUCAUACUUGAUUGGCUGCUUUGCAAUGGAUCGGGUCGGCAGGAAGAAGACAUGUGCCCCGGCUCUGCUGCUCGGUGGAGUAGCCUGCAUGCUCAUCAUUGUGGUCCCCCAGGAUAUAGAGGUACUGGCUAUAGUCCUGAGUAUGACUGGGAAAUUUGCUAUUGCCAUUGCAUUCGGGUUGAUUUACUUGUACACCUGUGAGCUUUACCCCACAGUUAUCAGGUCUCUGGCUGUAGGCAGUGGUAGUAUGAUGUGUCGGGUGGGAAGUGUAGUGGCUCCUUUCUGCGUUUACCUUGCUGACAUUUGGAUCUAUCUGCCUCAGCUCAUUGUGGGAAUUCUGGCUUUCAUCAUUGGGAUCCUGACCAUGUUUCUUCCGGAGACUCUAGGACAGCCCCUCACCUCGACUUUGGAAGAAGCUGAAGCUCUGGGCUCCAAGCCUAAUACAAAGAAUCCUCCAGCAGAUGCACUAGAGAUGAACCAAACCAUUAAAGUUUAAAUCCGUUUUCACACAGGAUCAUCAAAUGGUUUUUGACGUGGGAUUUAUUUAUUUUUUGCAGGCAUCUGCAGGUAGAUGAGGCUGUGCUGUGCGUGAGCGAGUUUGGAUAAUUACUGAAAAACACUGGUGGUAUAUUUUAUUGUGAAUGUUCUGAUAUUUUGAAAUUGUUCUGAAAAGUAUUAUCUUAAUUUUAACAAAGUAAGAGCUUGCAAGGCAAUACCUCAUUAAUCUAAACCGCUAAGUAUUACAUUUUUGUAUUUCAGCCCAAACCACUUACUGUACGCACAGAUGCUUAAAGUGCUGUCACAUUAGUGAAAUUUGAGCACAUUUCUGUUUUUUUUUCUAUUUGCAUUUCCUAAAUGUUUUGAAUUUAAGAAAUGCAAAUUUAGUUGUGACUCUACAAAUUCAAUUAAUUAUAGCAAUUAUAGCAAUGUGAACAUAGUUAAAUGAUGAACAUUUCUAUGCACGGUGUUAUGGAUCUUAAAGGAUUAAUUCACUUUAAAACAAAAAUUACCCCAUUAUUUACUCACCUCAAGCCAUAGGUGUAUAUGACUUUCUUCUUUCAGACAGUCGGAGUCAUAUUAAUAAACACCCUGACGGUAUCAAGCUUUAUAAUGGCAGUGAGCGGGGAUCACGUGUUUGACACUCAAAUAAGUGCAUCCAUCCGUCAUAAACAUACUCCACACAGCUCUGGGGGGUUAAUAAAGGCCUUCUGAAGUGAAGCUUCCGGCCAAACUGCCAGGCGGAUUCUACUUGCGUCUAAAGUGUAACUUAUAUGGCGUAUAGCCAUGUGGAGUAAGUUUAUGACGGAUGGAUGCUCUUACUUGAGCGUCAAACUCGUGAUCCCCGAUCAGUAUUGUUCAUAGUAAACUGUGACUAUACUUUAUAAUACUUCAGAACUUAUGUUUAUUCUAGGUGCUUUUGUAUUAUUUUGUUGUUUAAUAUUUUCAUUAUUUUUAAUCUUCCUGUCCUGUGUUAUCACUCGCUUUGCUUUACAUGAGGAAUGUAUUAUCUAGAAGAGUUUAUUAGUAGUAUUAAGUAGUAUUUAGUAGUGUUAUGUGCUAAAAAAUGUUUAAGUCUUGACUUGAGGAUUUGAUUAUUUGUAAUACAGCAAUUUUUUUUCUCUUCAUAGACUCCAUAGACUUUAUAAUCAGUGUUUUGCCAUUUUCCUCAAUCUCUUGAAUUUGUGUUUUUGGACCAAAAAGACAGGGAUAGUAGAUUCUUGCUGUAGUCAUGUGCAGUUGUCAUAGCAACAUGUUUGUCUAAAGAAUGUCACAUAUUAAUAAAUACGAUAUAGUGUCUAAAAUAA